UCUCUUAAACUCUGCAGGAUUGAACGCAAAUCCUACGGUCACAGGUAAAAAUCCCUAAGGACUUGCUUCAGUCAAACCUGACUAGCCUCAGACAACCUUCUUUCGACAUGCCGAGGGGAUGAAAAGAGUCAAGGCACUGGCGUCAUGGGUCCAACGCCAAGCGAUCAGCCUAUUCAUAACUCAGCGCUCGAUUUGGUUGCGGGAGCGCAAUUGCCUAAGCUGGCUGCAUCGCAAUCCUCCCUUGACCAUGCACAUUUUGGUACGGUGGGAAAUACACCCGGUCAGCUCGCGAAUAGCCCUGAAACUCUGCAUCUGUCACCAGCCUUGACAAAUUCAGUUGCUGAUCUCUCCGGCGCUGAGAAUGUGCCGGAGAACUGUUCAGCUGCUGGGGACUUCGAGCUCUGGUUGGAGGGCAGUACACGCUCGAGUGCAGCACCAUCCGUUGGAUCUAAACGAGGUGCAACACCAGACCACUGUGCCUUUGGAUCUGGUAUUGGUCAACAGCCUAACCGAGCGAAGACGAACUGGACAACCGACGGCGAUGAGCCCUGCACAACCAGCACUGCACCGGCAAUGGUUAACGAUACAAAUGGUAUUCAUCAUCUACGCCAGCCAUCAACGAAAGGUGUGAGAGAAUCAAGUUCGCUCGAGCAUCAACGUCAAAAUCACCGUCUAAGCGGUGCAGAGCCUCGGACCCGCAUGAGUGAAAGAGUAGGCGCAGGCUGCCCCAACUGUGGGCCAAAUGCGGACGAGAUUUGUGCAACUACCGACCUAUCCAACAAGUCUGCUCUUGCCGGGGUAGACAAGGGUGGAGGCCGAUCCGGAUGGUACGGCUCAUGCUUUGAUUCUAAUCAUGCCUUCCAUCAAUCCGAUGAGGCCCUCCACGCCCUCCUCCGAACCAAUGAGAUCCUCCGUGGGUCUACCGAGGCCGUCUCCCAAUCAUACGAGGUCCUCUACCAAUCCUAUCGGGCCUUACUGCAGUCUCACCAGGUCCUCAACCGAGCUCCUCAGACAUUUUCACAAAGUAUUUCCCCCUCUUGCGAGGCAUCGAAUGGAAGAGCGCUUCGAAGCCGACGACAUCGCCGCCCGAGGGCUAGCGAAAACAAGCGUCGAUACAACUUACGGGCGCGAUCAACUGUCAACAUUCACAAUGCUGGCAUGGAGUCAGGGGAUGAACAAUCUGGCAUAGGUCGAGGAAGCAUAGCACCGAGUGAUGCGGAUACUAAUUCAGAAGCUGGUAGUAGAGCAGUUGUACUGGAUGAGGUAGCUGCGUACGGAGAGGGCGGUUUGACCCGUCGCAGAUGGGGGGAGCUAGAUGACAAGAUGUUGAUGGCUUACAAGAUCGAGAACAAGUCGGACGCGUGGAUCGCAAAAAAGCUGAACCGGACGGUGUCGGCAAUUACCCAACGACGGCGAAACAAACAAACAGUGGUAUCUACCUAGUCUUUGCAAGAGCGUACACUGCUAGUUUCGAUGCAUCCCCAUGCCCGAUACCUGGAACCCAUCAUCAAGCCUUUACAUAUUCGAUGCGUUGUUAGAUGAUAUGUCCGGUGAAGAAUGUUACCUUGCCGUGUAAUGAGACCGGUGUCCCUUGAUUGAAUGUUGCAUCGCCCCGAGCAGUUCCCUGAUGCUUUUGGAGUCCCUGAUCACGCGACUGGUGGAUGAUAUAACGAGUCAAGACUAGAUUCUAUGUUUCCAUAGCCCCUCUCCUUUGGUGCAGAGGCUUGGUUUGGCUUUGUCGGAUGACGAUU